CACAGUGCCAUGAAGACCGUCAGUGUGUGAGCGUUUGGCUGCCACCACAGCAAGAAGAUGAUCCUGCUGCCUGGUCUGCUUUUUAUUCUCUGGGGAGAACCGGGUCGGUGCCUGGAGGAGAAUGUAGGCUUCACUUUCGAUGGAGACAUCCGCCACUUCGCCGUGGCCAACGACACGGUUUACAUCGCCACAGAGGAGAGGCUGUACCAGCUGAGACACGACCUGACUCUGGUCCAGAGUCUGACCCAGAGAGGAAUCUUGAAGGGAAGUUUUCAGACGGACGAUGCUGAGUUUUCCCGGGUUUCUGAGACGGACAAAUGGAACGCAACUUUCAGCGUCAACGUGUUAUUACCGCUUGUUCAGGAGGACACUUUGAUCAGCUGCGGUGUGAUCGACUGCGGUUACUGCGAGAUGCUGGACCUGAAGAACAUUUCAAACGUACAGUACAAGGAGCACUUCAGGGUGGGAUCCCCGUGGCGCAGCAGUGCGUCCGUCGGCUUCCUGGUGGACGUUGAGGAGACAGUUGCCGAGACUUACAUUCUGAGUGCCAUAGAGCAAAAUGAAGGCAAACCCACAGAGACCGGCUGCUCAGUAUUAGGAGCGGUGUUCCUUCAUAAUACGAAUAACAAACAGGACGGAGGUAUAUUCUCUAACAAUGACAAGAACAAUGUCAAUGUAAUCAAACGCAGGCACACGGAUGGCAAUGUGGAGUUUGUGGAUGGAUUUCAGAUCAAUUCAAUCAUUUAUCUUUUCUCCAACCUGCCUUUAAAUCAAGAAAGCAACACCAUCCGUCUCAUUUGGCUCGAGGGCAAAACGAGCAAAAGGGAGACUCUCAAAUCGCUGCGGGGUGCGACUCUCCGUGUCUCUGAUGAUGGUAAAGGCAGCAGACUCAUCGCCUCCGCGGUGAUCCCGGGUGGGCCGCCGGUGCUCUGGAGCGGCGUGUUCAGUGUGGACGGAGGAGAAACCAACACCGAGCUGCUGCUGUUUGACAUCAGCCCGGAUCUCACCGGAGCCAAAGAUGCAGAUCCAGACUUCUGUAGUACUACUGUCUGCACUGGCAGAGUAACGACGCCAAAGACACUGAAGCCAAAGGCAGUUCUCUUCAGGCAGAACAACAUGACCUCUGUGCUGGCUGUGACACAAAAGGCCUGGAUGGUUUUCUUCAUUGGGACGGGAGAUGGGCAGCUCAUUAAGCUUGCUGUGGGCAAGAACUAUCACACCACCUGUCCCACGGUGCUCUACAGGGCCAACGAUGACCGCAAAAUGUUUCCCAAAAUGCAUCUGGAUCAAGUGGACCUUAAACAUGUGUACCUGUCAUUUCAAAACCAGAUGAAGCAUGUGCCUGUGUCAAAGUGCAGCACAUACACAAAUGUGCAGGACUGUUGGUCUGCUCAGGACCCAUACUGCAUCUGGUGUGGCUCUAAAAGAAGAUGCACAUUUGAAGACAACUGCCAAGAUUCAGACUGGUUAUCCAUUCCUGAUGAUUUCCAACACAAAAUGGUUUCCCACAGAGUUGUAAAGGACGACACUGACCAGAUCACACUUAACAUCCAGACCCACCUGACUGUGGGCCAGACGGCACGAGCUAACUUUAACUGUCAAUGCUCAUCAAGUCCCAGUGGUUUCAUCCUCUGGAAAAAUCCUCCCCCACAGUUUCCACAGUGCAGCUGCCCCCUUUCAACCAAAACACUUCCUGCUGAAGGCCUGCACAUCACAGUUAGGCUGAGACUUGGGACGACACAAUGGUCACAUCAGUUGAGGCUAUUCAACUGCUCUGACAUCAGGGGACCGCCAACUUCUGUCCUGUGUCGGCAUUGUAUUGAGGCUGGAUGUGACUGGAGCACAAACAGCUGUUCCUGGGCAAAUCAAGGAGUGGGGGAUUACAGUGUUUGCCAAAAGAUGGACUCAGGCAGGACCUUUGCUAGACCAGAGAUCUCCUCCAUCACUCCCAGCGUCGUGUCUUUCUAUGGCAGAAACCAUGCGGUGUUGUCGGGUUAUAACCUCAGUGAUGUGAUCGGAGUGAGGAUCCAGGCGGACAUGGACUGCACUCCACAAGAAGCUCCUGUGUGGGACAACACCGGUGUGAAACUAACGUUCCACAUUCCCAGUGCUGAUAACAAAGGCGUGGUCAAAGUAUGUGUUCUCCUCCCAGACGGUAGUUGCCACGGCAAUGCUAAAAUCACCUACCGCUCAUCCCCAUCCUGCAACAAAAUUGCACCAAGCAGCACCUGGAUCAGUGGGAAGAGGAAGAUCACACUUACGGGAUCCCACCUGGAGUUUGUGGAAGGGGUCAUGCACAGCCAUGCCCAGCAGGAAAUCGUAACUCCCAGAAACAGACACUCUCAGAGUCUCACCUAUGACACACCUGCAGCUAAAACAGGGAUUUCUACCAGCACUGUGUUUUUGAGAGUCGCCAAUGAAACCUUGGUCUGCUCCACAACAAUAACCUACUACCCAGACCCCGAGUUCAUUAACUUCACAUCCACAAGAAUGGGAAACGAUGUUCUUAUCAUCAUACAGAAAAAGGCAGACAAACUGGAGAUGACCCCAGCAGAGCUGUCAGUGUGGGGUGUUAAGGAUGGACAAGAAUACCCCUGCGUCAUGGAUCCCAAAAGAACCAUUAACAACACUGAGUUCAUGUGUCAGAUUCAAGGGACACCUGAUGAUACCUUUCAGCACUUCAAAAUAGCGUACGGUGACAAGACAGUAACACUCUGGUCUCUAUCUUCAUUGCAUCACGUCAUUCUGACAGUGCGAAUUGUGCUGAUACCCUGUGUUAUUUUUGCGUUGGUGAUGAUCUGUCUGUGGCAAAAGAGGCUAACUGCUGACAUGAAGAAUCUCUGAACAUGACAUCACACCUGGUGAACUUCUGCUACUCCAUGAUCACAAAAGACACUGCACCUCAUGUUCAUUUUUAUUCCAUGAUGACAGACAUUUCUCCACCUGUGGGUUACUGGGGUAAAGUUCACUCUUUGGCCCCAAAAUUAUUUAGAGAAUCAACCUUAACUGUACAGUGAGUGUAGGAGGGCUUCCUGCAGUCUUUAGUAUUUGAAUUUUACAGUAUCUUGCAACCAUUUUCCAUAUUGUUCAGCUCAGGUGUAGUUGUAUCUUGGAGGCCAUUUGAAGAAUUCAAAUGUGUGUUCUGACAUAGAAACCAGGGUUCAGGGGCUUUUUUGUGUGAUUAAAAAUUACCUUUUGCUGUUUUAUGGAGUAUAAGUGACAGAGGAAACUGGGGACAUCAAAUGAUCAGUGUUUUAAACAACACUUUUGUUUUAAUGUUAAUCAUAUUCAGUUUUUGUUAAUUGCUCCUGUGCUUGGUUUUCUUUUACUUAAAAUAUAUAUAUUUUAAUGUUGAUCAUA